AUGCGAACAAUUCUUGGUGCUCGCUGCUCACUGAUUCAGCAGGUGCCAACUGCCAUCCGGAAACUCCAGGAGACUCUACAGCAAACGUCAGGUGUUGCUGAUGAGCUGAGCUUCCGUGUGCGGAAGUUGGACGUGGUAUGCAGCAGGGUUUCCGAUGCACUGAAGCUCGUAGACGACCUGCUCGAACUGCGUGAAUGCGCGGACCAGGUGAUGAAGGCCAUCACGACCGAGGAUUUCGAACAAGCUGCCAGAUUUGUCGCCCGCUUCAGGGCAUCCCAAGACAGUUUGCCGCCAGGCACUGAUGAUGCGACCGUCCGCACACUGACCGAAGCAGAACGGCAACUCAGUGCCAUUGUACGCAGACGCUUCGAAGCUGCAAUGGCCGCCAAAGACACGGGUGGUGUGUCGCGUUUCGCGAAGCUUUUCCACCCUCUCGGCCUUGCUUCAGAAGGCGUCCAGAAAUAUGUUGAGUUCAUUCAAAAGACCUUGGCUGAGAAAGCCAGUGCCGACAUCAAGCGUCAGCUCGGCUCCGCUGGGGUCAAACGAGCCGACCAAGGUCCGGCACCCUAUGCAGAAGCUUUGACCUCGGUGUUUGUUGCAAUCGCGGACAUCGUCCAGGAGCAUCAGCAGGCUGUGGAACAAGAGUUCGGACCGGAGAACUUUGUUGUGGUCGUCCGUGGUCUGCUGGAUGAGGCUGACAUCCAGGGCAUAAAAGUCAUCGACAAGUUUGCCAAGGACAAUGCCAAGGUGUUCUCCCAGCAAUUUGCCAACUCCGAAAUGCGAGACGUUGGUGCUGUGCUGGAGGAGACAGCGAUGAUCACCCAGCGAGUCCAGCAGUUCAAUACCUACAUUCAUUCAGUGGCGCGCAGUGUGGUGGACAUGAUCGAAGACAAAGCGAGUUUUGUGAACAACUUGCCUGUCGGUCACUGUCCCGAUGACGGGCUUCCAGACACAAAGCUCUUGCACAGGGUGCAGGAGCUUGUGUCUUCAUACGUCUUGGUGGAACAGAACUUCCUCCUUCAGUCAGUGGAGAAGGCAGUCACUGAAACGGAUUGCUUGGACCCUGACGAUCCAGAUGCUCUUACCACUACGCUGAUUGAUGAAGCCUUCUACAUCAUGCAGGAAUCAAUGAUGAGGUCUGUCACGACUUGUGACCUCAAUGCCGUCUGUGCUGUGGUGAACAACGUGAAUGCGGCGAUUGUCGGCGAGCUGCGGCAGGCGCUUGCCAGCAAUCUUUCCGACAGCCGCCGCGUGUACUCGAACUGGCUGUCUCAUCCAAAGAAUCUGGUCGUGCCCAAAAAUGGGGAUCACCCGCUGGCAUCGCUCUUUUUGGAUCAGGAUGGCAAGCUGCGCAGCCCUCUGACUGCAGCGCUGAGCUGGCCACACUCCAUGAACAACCUGCAGCAGUGUCUGGACAAUUUGGACAAGCUGAAGGAGACAGUGGAGGAGGCCUUUGAUGAGUACUUCCCGAGUGAAGGUCCGGACAAGGACAAGCACGAGAUGUUCCGACACUGCAUUUCUGCACUUGGGGCAUCGAAGGCUGACCUGGAGGCUCUGCAUUCCAGUCAGUGCAAGGACGGUCUGAACAUCUUGAAGAUCCAUCUGCGACCCAUGCUGGAGCCCCUUGACAGGCUAGACUACUACAUCUCGGAGGCCCAGUACGCUGACUUUCAGGUGAACGAUCCCUUUGCAAAGGCUUUCAAUGCCCAAGCAGACAUCAUUCAUCAGCACAUCAAGGCUGUCCUGAAUCCAUCAUCUGCCGAAGAGAUCAUGCAGCAAAUGGCCGAGCAAACAUGCCGCCGGAUCGAGAAGGCUGCGCUCUCCAAGAACUUCAGCUUGUUUGGUGCGCUGCAGUUCGAAAGCGAUGUCCGAGCAAUAUGCUCUUUCUUCACAAGCGUCAGUGAGCAGGCCUUGAGGCACAAGUUCGCAAGGCUGUUUGAGAUGUCUAGUCUGCUUAACUUGGAGAGCUUGGACGAGCUGCGCGAGCUGUGCAGCGAGUUAAGGACCUGGCGACUUACGCCCGACGAGAUGCAGAAACUGCUGCAGUCACGGAAGGACUUUGAAGCCACGGAGGAUCAGAUCAAUUACCUGCUGCCAAAGUGA